GUGAAUUGUCAUGUUUGCAUGACAUUUAUUUUUGUUAUUUGUUGAAGUUGGAAAGUUCCGAAUAGGUAGUUUUUCUUAAAAAUAAUUGUGGUACUACUGGAGAGUCAAACCCUUUGAAAAAUGAGCGAUCAAGAGGAAAAGGUGCAGCAAUUUAUUGCUGUUACCGGUGCAAAUCCUGAUAGGGCUAAAUUUUUCUUGGAUUCUGCUGCUUGGAAUGUUGAGGUUGCGAUGUCUCGCUACUACGAAAACGAAGGUGAAGACGUUGAAAUGAUAGAAGACUCUCCACCAUUAGCUGGUCUAGAAACACCGAGCGCGUCUCCUGUUGUAACUCCCGUAAGACCACAACCGAAAAAAAACCCAACUUUCAGUACCAUCAACUUAAUCACAUCAUCGAGCGACGAAGAAGAAGAGGGCCAAGCUUACUAUGCAGGUGGAUCUGAGCAUAGUGGCCAGCAAGUUUUAGGACCCCCUAAAAAAAAGGAUAUUGUAGGAGAUAUGUUCAAAUCUAUCCAAGAACAUGGGGUAGAGGUCUUGGAUCCGGGUGCUAGUGGCAGUUCUAAAAGUAGAUCUUUCAAAGGUACUGGGUAUAAAUUGGGUCAAGAUGAAAGCAGUUCCGAAGUAGUUCCUGGGGCUCAAGAACCCACAGCUCCUCAAGAAGUGACAUUACGGCUAUGGCAAAAUGGGUUUAGUGUAAACGAUGGACCAUUGAGAGAAUACAAUGAUCCUGCCAAUGCUGAAUUUUUGUCAAGCAUUAGAAGAGGCGAAAUACCUCAUGAGUUGAGAGAGGGAAGGGCUGAAAUUCUCUUAGCUAUGGAAGAUCAUAGAAUGGAGAAGUUCAAGAAAGCUAAAGCUGCAUCAAAGCCAUUCCAAGGACAGGGUUAUACUUUAGGUAGUCCUGCACCAGCAGUAGUUGGGGCUAGUGAUGUUGAGGAUGAUAAACCAGCUAAUGAAGCUCGUGCCAAAGAAUUGCUUAAGGUUAACACUACUGAGCCAGUAACUAAUCUCCAAAUUCGUUUAGCUGAUGGUUCCAGGUUGGUUGCCCAAUUUAAUCAUGAACACACUAUACGCCAAAUCAGGGAGUACAUUACAGCAGCAAGGCCUCAAUACACAGCGCAGGCUUUUAAUCUCCUAACAACUUAUCCUUCUAAAGUAUUAGAUGAGUCCUUAACUAUUAAAGAUGCUGGUCUGUUGAAUGCUGCAAUAAUGCAAAAAUUAACCUAACAAGUUGGUAAUUUAUUUUUGUAUUUGAAAUUUUCAUUAAUACAUUAUUUAUUGAUGGGAAUAUUUAUUAAUUUAGUAAAUAUAAUAAUAUUCUCGAUAUUUUUCUUAAUAGGUUUUAAGCAGUAUACCAGUGUAAAUGCUUAGUUUAUUAUAGAUUAUUGGCAUACUUAUUUAGUUUUUCUUUUAUAACAUGGUACAAUAAACAAAAAUAACUUUUUUUGAAAUGCA